UUGGAAGCUCUUUUAAAGGCGGGCGCACACAAACGAAAUCAACGAAAGUGAACCAACGAAUUGGGUCGUCUCGCCUACGCCCUGCCCCUCUGCGAGGCCUGCAUAUGUGAGCGACGAGAGGGAUCUCCGAGGGAUACUCGUUCCCUGCAUCCUUUGGAUCUGAGAUUGAAUCGUUUCGCUUUGAAACUAUUUUUGAUAUUCUGUUUUUGACAUCGAAUCUAAGGGCGUUGAUUUCUUCGUGUUCGUCUCGUGUGAUGUCUUUUUUGUGGAAUCAUCAUCGAAUCGCAUCAUAGAAAUCGCAUUUCCGCGUUUAGAAGAGAGUUUUUGGACUCGUCGAAUGGUGUAAUAGCAUUCUAAUUUUAUAGUAUGGGAGCGUAACGGGGCGGAGGAAAGCUGGGACUUCGUCUUCACGAGAUAUUGACAUGUCGAUCUCAGGACUCCGUGAAAAGCAUCAACGGGAUCUAGAAAAUUUGACAUUAACAACACAGCCAUUCAGAACUAUGAAAUUUUUUACUUUGGCUGUUAUUCAAUAUCUUAAGCGAUCAAUAUUAUAUCUUUUGGCUAAAGGUGGAUGGAUUUUGCUUUUGAGUACUGUGAUAGUCGCUGUUGGAAUUUUUUUUAUGACCGAUGAUGGUCCUCAUGAAAAGCAUUUUGAGGAGAUCCUUCAAUAUUUCCAGUUUGGAUUGUGGUGGACAGCUCUCGGUGUUGCAUCUUCUAUUGGUCUUGGAUCUGGUUUGCACACUUUUGUCCUUUAUCUGGGCCCUCAUAUCGCCCUUUUCACAAUAAAAGCAAUGCAAUGUGGACGAAUUGAUUUAAAAAGUGCUCCAUAUGAUACAAUCCAAUUGAAAAGAGGUCCAUCGUGGCUUGACAAGGAUUGUUCUGAAUUUGGUCCGCCUUUGUUUCCAUCAGCACAUGGUUUGCAGGUCCCACUUAGCAGCAUAUUGCCACAGGUCCAGGUAGAGGCUAUCCUGUGGGGUGUUGGGACUGCCCUUGGAGAGCUGCCUCCAUAUUUUAUAUCCAGAGCAGCGCACAUAUCUGGUAGCAAAGUAGAUGCAAUGGAAGAAUUGGAUGUUUCUUCAAACGAAGAUAAUGGGAUCAUAGCUACAAGACUUAAACAAAUCAAACGCUGGUUCUUAUCCCAUGCACAAUAUUUGAACUUCUUUACAAUUUUAGUGCUUGCUUCGGUGCCAAAUCCUCUUUUUGACCUUGCUGGCAUCAUGUGUGGGCAAUUUGGUAUUCCGUUUUGGAAGUUUUUUAUUGCAACAUUGCUUGGAAAGGCAAUUAUCAAGACUCACAUACAGACUGUUUUCAUAAUAUCAGUUUGCAAUAAUCAACUUCUUGAUUGGGUGGAAAAUAAAUUGAUCCGUAUACUUGGUCUUAUACCUGGUUUGGCUUCUGUCCUGCCCAAUCUUAUUGCCAAACUGCACACCAUCAAAGACAAGUAUAUGGCUACAACGCCCCCUAUGCCCUCAAAUGCCAAGAAGUGGGAUUUCUCAUUUGCUUCCAUCUGGAAUACUGUCGUGUGGCUCAUGCUCAUGAACUUCUUCGUCAAGAUUGUGACUGCUGCUGCUCAGAGGUUUCUUAAGAAACAGCAGGAAAUGGAGUUAGCUGCAUUGACAAACGAACUUGCAGCAACGAAAGGCUCAAACAAUGAGUCUGAUUCUGUUUCUUGAUAAAUUUCACAGAACCAUUUAAUACCCAUUUUUUGUUUUGCCUAAAUCAUCACUUCCUGUUACAAGUAGGACUAAUGAAAAUUUAUCAGCCCUUUUUUACAAGCUGCCGUUGAAGACACCACCCGUAAGUCACUGCAUCAGAAGUUCCUGUUAUUGCUUGUAUAAAGACACACACAGAGGACAGGAGAAGUUGCAGGGUUUAUUUAUCCAGUGUAACGUUUGGAAAGCAUUGUAUUGGGUGGUAUUUAGUGCCAUUAUCAUUUACUGUUAAAAUUGGAUUAUGGGGAUUUUAACUAUUCUUUGGCAAUGCAUGACAUUUGCUUAAUUCCA